UCCAAUCUGCAACCAAGCAAUCGCCGUCAACGCAAGCGCGCGGCCCAGGGCCCACCACGACUCGCGUCGCAUCUGCUCCCAAAACUUCUGGCUCGCGUAACCGGUGAUCGCCGGCGAUGAGCUCCCGGAUGGCCGGAUCCAUCCUCCUCCGCCACACCGGCACGCGCGUCUUCGCCGCGGCGGCCACGAGGCCCGCACUGCUCGCUGGCGCCGACGGCGUCCCGGCGGUUAUGGGGCGAUUCAUGUCCACGUCGUCCUCCCCCGCCGCGGCCGCGGCAGCAUCGCCGCAGAAGGCGAAGGAGGAGGCGGCCAAGGACGGAGGGGAUAAGAAGGCCGUGGUGAUAAACAGCUACUGGGGCAUCGAACAGACGAACAAGCUGAUGCGGGAGGACGGCACCGAGUGGAAGUGGACUUGCUUUAGGCCAUGGGAGACGUAUUCGGCGGACACGUCCAUCGAUCUGACCAGGCACCACGAGCCCAAGACGAUGCUCGAUAAGAUCGCUUACUGGACCGUCAAGUCGCUGCGCUUCCCCACCGACGUCUUCUUCCAGAGGCGGUAUGGCUGCCGGGCCAUGAUGCUGGAGACCGUGGCAGCGGUGCCGGGGAUGGUGGGCGGCAUGCUGCUCCACCUGCGUUCUCUCCGCCGCUUCGAGCAGAGCGGCGGCUGGAUCCGCGCGCUGAUGGAGGAGGCCGAGAACGAGCGCAUGCACCUCAUGACCUUCAUGGAGGUGGCCAAGCCGAGAUGGUACGAGCGCGCGCUGGUGAUCGCCGUCCAGGGCGUCUUCUUCAACGCCUACUUCCUGGGCUACCUCCUCUCCCCCAAGUUCGCGCACCGCGUCGUCGGCUACCUCGAGGAGGAGGCCAUCCACUCGUACACCGAGUACCUCAAGGACCUGGAAGCCGGCAAGAUCGACAACGUCCCCGCCCCGGCCAUCGCCAUCGACUACUGGCGCCUCCCCGCCAACGCCACGCUCAAGGACGUCGUCACCGUGGUGCGCGCCGACGAGGCUCACCACCGUGACGUCAACCACUUCGCCUCGGACAUCCAUUGCCAGGGCAUGCAGCUGAAGGAGUCCCCUGCGCCCAUCGGAUACCACUGAGGCUAAUUGCGCUCUGCUGAAUUUUGCAUCGCUAAUAAGAAAAUGAGUGUUUUGUUUUUAUGGGAAAGCAUGCUUAUGAGUUGAGUAUUACUACUACAAUAUUUUCGAACCAUUUCUUUGAAAGUGAAACCUAUUUUAUGUACGCCACACACUCGUCUUUGUCGGAACAAGCUAAUCUACAUCGCUAUGUACAUAUCUGAAGCGUGACAGGUGUUUUUCUGGCGUUUUCACCUGAAGUUCCUCUGUUCUUCAUGUUAACUGAAUUGUGAUCUCUGUU